AUGGUUCAGCUCAGCAUCCUUUUAUUUGGUCUUUUAAUCGUUGGUAAUUGGGCAGUACCAGCCACUGAUGAAUUACAAGAAAUAUAUGUUGACGCAUGUCAAUUAAGCUGUGGUCUAGUUAAUAAUAAUCACGAAGCAGACGGAUGUCGAGAAAAAUUUUGUCCUAAUUAUGUUAAUUAUUUAUUAACAGGCUUUACGAUCCCAGAUUCACCACCUAGUCUUGCAUCAACUAAUCAAAAAGAAGUAGAAAAAUUUUGUGCCACAUGGAUGCUUCAUUUACUUGAAGAAUUUGGUUGGCAAAGACGUAUUCAUCUCAAUCUCAAAGACUGUACUUGUGCUGCUGGCACUGAUUGUCUUGUUAAAUAA